GUCGUCGCUAGUGACGUGGCUGUUGCUGCUGCUGGGAUUUUGCUUCCCUGUAUCUGUGUGUAAAGGUUCGGCUGCGGGCUCUUUCUUUGACCGGGGAUACCUGUGUCAAUAAACAAAUCACCAAGCUGUUAUAAACAACAAAAAGUCUCAUAAUUACCACAAAGAACCACAGGGACGGCUUUUGGCUGUUUGAAUUAACGCGAACCUGUCGGUUGAAUUAGCCUCUUCUUACUCGGAGGACAUGGAGACAUUUGGCAACUCGCACAAGAAGCAGAAGCUGAGCAACACCGCUGAGAGCUGGGGAAUGCAACGUGCAACUAAUGUCACCUAUCAAGCUCACCAUGUAAGCCGAAACAAGCGUGGUCAGGUCGUGGGCACAAGAGGAGGCUUUAGAGGAUGCACUGUUUGGUUGAGUGGUUUGUCCGGUGCAGGAAAGACCACGGUGAGCAUGGCUCUAGAGGAGUACCUGGUGUGUCAUGGUAUUCCCUGCUACACCCUUGAUGGGGACAACAUCCGUCAAGGCCUAAACAAAAACCUGGGUUUCAGUCCACAAGAUCGUGAAGAGAACAUCCGACGAAUUGCUGAGGUGGCCCGGCUGUUUGCCGAUGCUGGGUUGGUCUGCAUUGCCAGUUUCAUCUCUCCGUAUAGUAGGGAUCGCCUCAAUGCUAGAAAGAUCCACGAGGCUGCAGGUCUGCCGUUUUUCGAGGUUUUUGUUGAUGCUCCCCUGGACGUUUGUGAACAGAGGGAUGUGAAGGGAUUGUACAAGAGGGCUCGAGCUGGGGAAAUAAGAGGUUUCACUGGAAUUGAUUCAGAAUAUGAGAAACCAGAGGCUCCAGAGUUGGUGCUGAAGACUGACUCCUGCAGUGUCAAUGAGUGCAUCCAACAGCUUAUUGACCUACUUCAGGAAAGGGAUAUCGUUCCCAUUGAUGCGUCCUACGAAGUGAAAGAGCUGUAUGUUCAUGAGAACAAACUGGACUUGGCUAAAGCUGACGCAGAGACUCUGCCUUCAGUACAAAUUAGCAAGCUGGACAUGCAGUGGGUACAGGUGCUGGCUGAAGGCUGGGCCACUCCCCUCAAUGGUUUCAUGAGAGAAAGAGAGUAUUUACAGUGUCUCCAUUUUGACUGCCUGCUGGACGGUGGUGUCAUUAAUCUGUCCGUGCCCGUGGUGCUGCCAGUGUCCACUACCGACAAACAGCACCUGGAUGGUGUUACAGCUGUGGCCUUGGUCUACGAAGGCAGACGAGUGGCUAUACUCCGCAACCCUGAAUUUUAUGAGCAUCGCAAGGAGGAGCGCUGCGCUCGGCAAUGGGGCACCACCUGCAAGGACCACCCUUACAUAAAGAUGGUGAUGGAGAGCGGGGACUGGCUGGUUGGUGGAGACCUGCAGGUUCUGGACAGAAUCACCUGGAACGAUGGACUUGACCAAUACAGACUGACACCCACGGAGCUCAAACAGAAAUUUAAAGAAAUGAAUGCAGACGCCGUGUUUGCAUUUCAGCUCCGCAACCCAGUCCACAACGGCCAUGCUCUUUUGAUGCAGGACACCCACAAGCGCCUCAUCGAGCGAGGCUACCGACGACCCGUGCUGCUGCUCCACCCACUGGGAGGAUGGACCAAGGAUGACGAUGUGCCGCUGCCCUGGAGGAUGAAGCAGCACGCUGCCGUGCUGGAGGAAGGCGUCUUGAAUCCAGAGUCCACUAUCGUUGCCAUCUUUCCAUCGCCAAUGAUGUAUGCUGGGCCGACAGAGGUCCAGUGGCACUGCAGAGCUCGGAUGGUAGCUGGGGCCAACUUCUACAUAGUGGGUCGUGACCCUGCAGGCAUGCCACAUCCAGUCACUGGCAAAGACCUGUAUGAACCCACCCACGGUGCCAAGGUCCUCACCAUGGCCCCGGGCCUCAUCACCCUGGAGAUUGUACCUUUCAAGGUGGCUGCUUACAACAAAGUCAAAAAAGCGAUGGAUUUUUAUGACCCCCAAAACCAUCAAGACUACGACUUCAUCUCAGGGACACGCAUGCGCAAGAUGGCCCGCGAGGGAGACAACCCUCCUGAUGGCUUCAUGGCGCCCAAAGCUUGGGCUGUGCUGAAAGAUUACUACACUUCACUGGACAAGAGUAAAGAGUAAAGAGGGUGUGAUGGUUACCAUAUGAACAGAGUGGUUUUAGGCCGUGGAAGGUGGGGACCACACAGCUACGUUCACAAAACGUCAUCGCAGUUGUUUUUAUCUUAAUCUUUUUUGUGACUGUACAUUCUGAUCACUGAUUGCAGAAAUACUAGGAGAGUCUGUGUGUUAAGUACUGUUGACCAGUACUAACCUAGCUGUGAAUGAAUGUCAAGUAUUCCCUGCUGAGCCUACUGGAGUUCAUUAAUUUUGCCCCUACUCUCUACUGAACCACAAACAAAUUGUGCUGAUUGUUUUUGCAAACGGCAGUUGCAACCUCUCAAGAUGUGGUGUGCACAAGUGGUUGAUGUAAAAGUCGAGUGCCUUGCUCUCCCCAAAGUGAAUUCACAUGAUGUCUUGUUUGGAUUAGGACACACACACACACACACUCACACACCUGCUUCUUGUCUCUCUUGUUGCUACAGUGUUAGUGUCAGACGGCUCCAAACUGCACAAAAGAUUAGCAUUGAAGAUGUUUUUAUUGGUAUGUGAAAUCCAAAGCUCCUAGGAGCACAUGUGACCAUCCUCACAUUAAGUCUAUUUAUCCUCUUAAUUUUUUGUGUGUGUUUUGCACGUAAUUUUAGAACCCUCAACUUUUGAUAAUGUUUUUUCUUUUCAUUCUUUCUUUUUCCUCGUGGUUGCUAAUAUUUUCCAUGUGCUAAUGCAUUCGUAACGGUUGGCCUGUGUAAUCAGAUUGUUGAUGGUUACCAUUAAAGGAUCACAUUUGCAAUCUUCCUUAUACAAUAAACCAUUUUUAGCAUAACA